AUGGGUCACGCCUGUCUCGAUGCCCUGCGGCGCCCUCUUCCCUGCGGACCUGCUCAUUGCCGCAGGACCGGCCGGCGUCCUCUCGUGAGACCGCAUGCCUUCCGCCUCGACUCUCCGGAGAAGCCCGAAGCCAAGAGGAACCACGAGCACGCCCACGCCGCCCGCCGAGAAGACGAUGUGAACCUGUCUUCUUCUCUGCACCACCAGGGAGAGGGGCGGCUGCUGGGCCAGAGGAGGGGCGGCGGCCACGGCAGCGUCGAGAAGUCUCGGCGGCCGUGGAAUUCCAACCCCGGGGGGUCGUCCUCCGAUGGGUCCUUUGUGGAGAACGACGAGGCCUCCAACAACGAGGCGCUGCGCAGCUUCUGCGGGAAUGGCAAGGUGUUCGAGGCCGCCAAUCUGGUGGACGUCAUGGCUCGGCUGGGCCAGCUCCCCGACUUCCCCUGCUGCGUGAACCUUAUCCGAGGCCUAGCCAAUGUCAACCUGACGGACAAGGCGGCGAGGAUCCUCAAGGUCAUGGUCAUGUCCGGGGGGGUCCCCGACAUCAUCACCUACAACAAGCUGAUCGGCAGCCUCUGCCGCAACGGGCGGCUGUCCCUCGCGGUGGGGCUGCUCGACGAGAUGGCCCUCAGCGGCUGCCCUCCCGACGUCAUCACCUACAACACCAUCCUCCGGGUCAUGUUCGAGCUGGGCAGGGGCGCCGAGGCUGUCCGCUUCUGGAAGGACCAGCUCAGGCGAGGCUGCCCCGCGUAUCUCAUCCCCUACACCAUCCUCGUGGAGCUCACCUGCAAGAGCUGCGGGGCCGACCGGGCCCUGGAGGUCAUCGACGCCAUGGCCCUCGAGGGCUGCUACCCCGACAUCGUCACCUACAACUCCCUCAUCAAUGUCGUUUGCAAGGGGGGCAGAUCGGAGGACGCGGAGAGAGUAAUCGGAGACCUACUGUCCCGCGGCCUGGAGCCCAAUGCCGUCACCUACAACACCCUGCUCCACUCCUUCUGCGGCAGCGGGAGGUGGGCGGAGGCCGACGAGAUCAUCUCGAUCAUGAACGCCUCCUCCUCCCCUCCCACCGUCGUCACCUACAACAUCCUGAUCAACAGCCUCUGCAAGUUUCAGCUCUUGGACCGAGCCAUCGAUUUCUUGUGCCAGAUGGUGCGCGACAACUGCUCGCCGGACAUCGUCACCUACAACACCGUCUUGGGAACCAUGUGCAAGAAGGGCCUGCUCGCCGAGGCGGUGGAGAUCCUGCAGUUCAUGAGGAGCCGCGGCUUCCCGGUCGUCCUGAUCACAUAUAACAUCGUGAUCGACGCGCUGGCGAAGAUCGGUGACGUCGACGGGGCGACCGCUCUGUUCGACGAGAUGGUGCGGGACGGCAUAUCUCCGGACGACAUCACCUACGGUUCGCUGGUGGCCGGCUUCUGCCGGAACGGCAUGGUCGAGGAGGCUGCGAGGAUGCUGCGGGUGAUGUCCGAAACUGGCUGCAGGAUCAGGGCCACCACCUUCACUCUGGUGAUCGAGGGCCUGUGCGGGGCCGGGAAGGUGGACCUCGCUAUAGAGGUCUUGAGCAUGAUGACCACAGGCGGAUGCCGGCCGAACGCCGCCGUCUACGCAUCCCUCAUCGAAGGCAUAGCCGCCUCGGGCAUGAUGGACGAAGCCGCGAGGCUGCGCAGAAGGCUGGUCGACUACAAGAUCCUCAGGGAGGAACCGUGA